UGGAUCCGCGUGCGCGGUGCUGGACCGGGGGCGUCCAGCUCCCUACUGGACGCAAUCUCCGUCCGAAGUCGUUCCUCAGUGAAAGUCGCUCCUCGCCCCCCGGAAGGAAGUGGGAUCUCCCAGAUCGUCUCUCUCUGGCUGCCAUUUCCACUCUCUCUCUCUCUCUCUCUCUCCAACAUGAUCCGAUUCAUAUUGCUUCAGAACAGGCAAGGCAAGACCCGACUCGCCAAGUACUACGUCCCUCUCGAAGAAUCCGAGAAGCACAAGGUCGAAUACGAGGUUCAUCGGUUGGUAGUAAACAGAGAUCCCAAGUUCACGAACUUCGUCGAGUUCCGUACACACAAGGUUAUCUACAGGCGAUAUGCUGGAUUGUUUUUCUCGAUGUGUGUUGACAUCACAGAUAAUGAAUUGGCUUACCUGGAAUGCAUCCAUUUAUUUGUUGAGAUAUUGGAUCAUUUCUUCAGCAAUGUGUGUGAGCUAGAUUUAGUAUUUAAUUUCCACAAGGUGUAUCUAAUUCUUGAUGAAUUCAUUCUUGCUGGGGAGCUGCAGGAAACAAGCAAGAAGGCAAUCAUCGAAAGAAUGGGGGAGUUGGAAAAGCAAGAGUGAGCUGUAGAAGAGAACGUCCGAAAGCUCUCGGUUUGGCAUUGUUGUUUCCCUAUCCAAUUUGGUUUCUCAACAGUUUUCCUUCUGAGGUAUGAGGGGAAAAAAAAAACAGAAAUAUCUUGGGUGUGUGUAUUGUUCUUCACUCGAACAGUGAGUAAUUGCAGGCAGGACUUGAGCACGUGAGAGCCAGUGCAUACAAACGUAAUAUGCUAGUUCAAUGGGCUUUGCGUGCCUUGUUGUUGCGCGAGGUUGUUGCAUGUCAAUUUACAUAUUAUGAAUUUGAGAUUGCUAAUUCUUUUAUCUAUGAUAUUUCAUGCCCUGAGUUUCUCCAA